AAGAUGGACGAAGUAAUGCACUUGGACAACUAUUUGAUCCUAAUGGUUUGAUAUUUGACAGAUAUGAAUAUUGGUAUGCAUCGGAUUAUGAAAAAUCAUCGAGUUUAAAUGUUUGA